GCUGGGCGGCCAGGACCAAUAGAAACCUCUUCCUGCCAUUGGCUGACUUCAUUUCCCAGACUUAGCACAAUCUCAUCCGCUCUAAACAACCUCAUCAAAACUACUUUCUGGUCAGAGAGAAGCAAUAAUUAUUAUUAACAUUUAUUAACGAUCAAUAAACUUGAUUGCAUUAUGGCCAGCACUAUUAAGGAAGCACUAUCAGUCGUGAGCGAGGACCAGUCGUUGUUUGAGUGUGCGUACGGAACGCCACACCUGGCAAAGACGGACAUGACCGCGUCCUCCUCCGGCGACUAUGGACAGACAUCCAAGAUGAGCCCGCGCGUCCCCCAGCAGGACUGGCUGUCGCAACCCCCAGCCAGGGUCACCAUCAAGAUGGAAUGUAACCCUAACCAGGUGAACGGCUCAAGAAACUCCCCUGACGAAUGCAGCGUGGCCAAAGGCGGGAAGAUGGUGGGCAGCCCAGACACAGUCGGGAUGAACUACGGCAGCUACAUGGAGGAGAAGCACAUGCCACCCCCAAACAUGACCACGAACGAGCGCAGAGUCAUCGUCCCAGCAGAUCCCACGCUAUGGAGCACAGACCACGUGCGGCAGUGGCUGGAGUGGGCGGUGAAAGAAUACAGCCUUCUGGACGUCGACGUCUUACUCUUCCAGAACAUCGACGGCAAGGAGCUGUGCAAGAUGACCAAAGACGACUUCCAGAGGCUCACCCCCAGCUACAACGCCGACAUCCUUCUCUCCCACCUCCACUACCUCAGAGAGACUCCUCUUCCACAUUUGACUUCAGAUGAUGUUGAUAAAGCCUUACAAAACUCUCCACGGCUAAUGCAUGCUAGAAACACAGGGGGUGCAGCUUUUAUUUUCCCCAAUACUUCAGUAUAUCCUGAAGCUACGCAAAGAAUUACAACUAGGCCAGAUUUACCUUACGAACCACCCAGGAGGUCAGCCUGGACAGGUCAUGGCCACCCAGCUCCCCAGUCAAAAGCUGCUCAGCUGUCUCCUUCCACAGUGCCCAAAACUGAAGACCAGCGGCCUCAGUUGGAUCCUUAUCAGAUCCUGGGACCGACGAGUAGCCGCCUUGCAAAUCCAGGGAGCGGCCAGAUCCAGCUGUGGCAGUUUCUCCUGGAGCUCCUGUCCGACAGCUCGAACUCCAACUGCAUCACCUGGGAGGGCACCAACGGGGAGUUCAAGAUGACAGACCCCGACGAGGUGGCCCGGCGCUGGGGGGAGCGAAAGAGCAAACCCAACAUGAACUACGAUAAGCUCAGCCGCGCCCUCCGCUACUACUAUGACAAAAACAUCAUGACCAAAGUCCACGGGAAGCGCUACGCCUACAAGUUCGACUUCCAUGGAAUCGCCCAGGCCCUCCAGCCCCACCCUCCAGAGUCAUCUCUCUACAAGUACCCCUCGGACCUGCCUUACAUGGGCUCCUACCACGCCCACCCACAGAAGAUGAACUUCGUGGCUCCCCACCCUCCGGCCCUCCCUGUGACGUCGUCCAGUUUUUUCGCUGCCCCAAACCCAUACUGGAAUUCACCUACUGGGGGUCUGUACCCUAACACUAGGCUUCCAGCCAGCCACAUGCCUUCUCACCUGGGCACUUACUACUAAAGACCUGAGAGAGGCCCUUCCCAACAACACACGCUCACCAGGAAAUUGCCACAAACUCUAUUGGAGAAGAGGAAUCAAAAAAGUGCCUCAAGAGGAGUGAGAAAGCUUGACAGGGGCCUGGGGAGGGAAGCCAGGGGCAAGAUCCAAAGACUCUUAGUGGGAGGGAAUUACCCAAGUAUUACUACAGAAGCAAAGAGGAUGCUAAAAAUGUAACGUAUACAGACAUAUACUCUGUGGACCAACUUUGUAAAAGCCAUUGUAAGUAGAAGCAUGACGUCCUAGGACAAAGUGCCAAAGAAAGUGGUCUUAGGAGGCGUAUACACUUUAGAGUAGAGUUCGGGAUCCUGCUAAUAAUGCGAACCGGGAUUGAACUAAAGCAACGCAGAUAACAGUCUUGACCUAACAUACCGUUCGUAACGUCAUUUUAAGGAAAACUACCUGUAUUUAAAAAUAGAAACAUAUCAAAAAAGACAAGAAAAGAAAAAAAAAGAGAGACUGUGCAACAGACGUUGAUCCGGAACUCAUCGGCGUUUGCUGUUUCUGGUGAAAUCAGAUCCAUUCCAUUUGAUGGAGGGCUGUCGGCGCCCUCAAACUGUGAAGACGACCCAGAGUUUCCAGCUCCUUUCCAGUAUUCCAGGGACCGGGAGCCGAGCGGUGGAUUGCGAACGUGCGUGGAGAGGAUGUGGCUGUAGACAGAGGGCUGGAGGAUGUGCAAGAGGAGGAGGCAGCGCCGGAGGAAGCCGAGCAGGAGGGGGCAGGGCAGGGACAGAAGCUUCUCAAGCAGUGACGGCUGGACUUGGGGCAGUGCUGGGACCGUGGGGAAGGUGUCGCGGAGGCUGGAGGUCGAAUGCAGUCAGUGUUAUACCGAACCCAGUGUUAAGAGGGAGGACGCAGCAGAACGGAGGAAGGGGAAGUGGUAGAAUUCAGACACAAAAAACGUGCAUCUCUUUUUUUGUUUGUUUGUUUGUCAAAAGAAAAUUGUAACUGGAAUUGACUGAUAUUUAAAACGAUCAUUCAGGACAGCGUGCCUUUGUGGGGGCUCUGCUCUCCACGGGGUCAGGUGAGAGACGCCGUCUCGGCUGCCGCACGCCGACCCCGCCGGGCACCUGGGCGAGGCGGGCUCCAGUGUUCCUUUCGAGUCGCGAACGCUGUGCGUUUGUCAGAAUGAAGUAUACAAGUCAAUGUGUUCUUUUUUUUCCCUUUUUAUAUAAUAAUUAUAUAACUUAUGCAUUUAUACACUACGAGUUGAUCUCGGCCAGCCAAAGAUACAUGACAAAAGAGACAAUCGAUGAUAUAAUGUGGCCUUGAAAUUUAACUCUGUAUGCUUAAUGUUUACAAUAUGAAGUUAUUAGUUCUUAGAAUGCAGAAUGUAUGUAAUAAAAUAAGCUUGGCCUAGCACGGCAAAUCAGAUUUACACAGGCGUC